AUGGCGGCCCCUCUGGUGCUCAUCCUCUUGGUCGCCAUGUUCACCGGCUCAGAUGCGAUGUACUGCGUGUGCAAGUCGGACGCGAACCCGGUGGCGAUGCAGAAGGCCAUCGACUACGCGUGCGGCAAGGGCGCCGACUGCACCCAGAUCACCUCCAGCGGGCCCUGCUUCCAGCCCUCCUCCGUCGUCGCCCACUGCUCCUACGCCUGCAACAGCUACUACCAGAAGAACGCCGGCAUGGGCGCCACCUGCGACUUCAUGGGCGUCGCCACCCUCACCGGCGCCGACCCCAGCGCCGGAUCCUGCAAGUACCCCGCCAGCGCAAGCGGCGUAGGCACCGGAGCAGGCACCGGCGGCAUGGGAACCGGCGGCACAGGGACAGGUACCGGCGGCAUGGGAACCGGUACAGGAACCAGCACCGGAGCGGGCACGGGCGUCGGCACCGGCACCAGCACCGGCGGCAUGGGGAGCAUGACCCCGCCGGGCGCGACCAGCACCGGGAUGCCGGGAAGCCCCUUCGGCGGCGGCGCGUACGGCCCAUCCAUGAACCAGGACUACAGCGCAGCCGUGGUCGGUCGCCGCGUGGCCGCCGCGGGGCUCCUCGUGGCGGCAGCCGCGCCGCUCCUCCUCCACUUCAUCUGA